CUUCACCACUCUUGCUGCGCCAUAUUUGCCUCCUGGUGUGACAAAUAAUCAAGAUCAUCACCACGAGCUUGUUCGUCUUUGACGUGAAUACUUCAUCUCGCUCCUCAACGCGUUCCACCAUAAGUCCAAUUUAGUUCACCCCAACGCGCCGCACAACCUCUCGAAUAUCGCUCAAGAGCCGCAAUAAUGUUCAAAAAGCUGAAAGAGAAGGUCAAAGGGGACGAUCACAAAUCUCAACAGCAGUCAUCUGGAGAGCGACCUCAACAGCAACUACAGUCCAACAAUCCAUAUUUCUCAUCGCAACAACACAACGCUGCGCCUACAGAAAAGUACCAAGCACCCCCCGGCCCACCUCCGUCCUACUCCUCCCCAAAGUCAGAAUACCAGGCCCCUCCAGGUCCCCCUCCAGGCAAAUCCUCAACCUCAGGCUACGCACCGCCCCCAGGUCCACCACCCUCACAACAAGCACCCCCUAGCUACGAAGCCCCCAUCCAACACAACUGGCAGAUAAUCCCCGACACAGCCCUCCUUCCCCCGCCCCCAUCUCUCGGCUACGAUGACUCUCCCACCGCAAACUCCACCGCCGAAGAAGGCGACUCAGCCUACGCCUGGUGCCAGGCGCACCCGCUAUGGUCCCCCUACGCCAUCGCCCCCUCCACCCACACCGCGAUCCGCAACGCGCAACUCGCGCUCCUCAAGCCGCCCAGUCUCGCCGGCACACUCGCUCCGCAGCCCCAGGCCGGCCACUGGCGCGUCCGCACCCAGCCCUUCUGCCGCGACUCGUGCGUCCUGACCAACCUACCCCUGUACGCAGCGCUCGCGGACUCGCCGCUGCGCACCCACCGCCCUGCAACGCUGUACUACGAGAUCCGGGUGCGCAGUGCAGGGCACGGCGGGAGUUCGCUCGCGGAAGCAGAUGCCGGCAUCGCGGUCGGGUUUGUGGCGCCGCCGUACCCGACGUUUCGGCUGCCGGGGUGGCAGAGAGGGAGUCUGGGCGUGCAUGGGGAUGAUGGGCGGAGGUAUGUGAACGACACGUGGGGCGGGGUUGACUUCACGACGGCGUUUGCGCCGGGGGAGACGCUAGGGAUUGGCAUGGUGUUUCGGGUGCCGUCGCAGCCGCCGGGGUAUGGGGCGGGGCAGGGGAGGGGUUUGGAUGUUGAGGUGUUCUUUACGAGGAACGGAAAGAAGGAGGGGGGAUGGGAUGGGAAUGAGGAGCUGGAUGCGAGGAGUGAGGGAGGCACGCUGGGCUUGGGGGGUGAUUUUGAUCUGUUCCCGGCGAUUGGUGUUUUUGGUGGUGUGGACUUUGAGGUGUUCUUUCAUCAUUCACAGUGGCUCUAUCAGCCGUUUUGAUGGACUCGUGAUUUAAUUGCUCUUUAAUGGUUAGUACACCUCAC